UGAGAACAAAUGUGUGCAGGGUUAAUGCUGAUGCAAAUCAUUCCAUGUUCUGAUUCUGCUGCUCUGAAGGCUGGAAGCUCCUGUGCAGCUGAGAGCACAGCUAUCAAAGCUGUUGUGCAUCCCAAUCCAUGGGUUGGGCCUGAGGAAGUUCUGCUGGAAUCCUCUUUGUACUCUGGCUUUCAAAUGUGAUUAACAUCUGUUUUCUUAAAUUAGGACAUUGGAGAGAGGCUUUAUGCCUCUGAAUACUUUUGAAUGCUGCAUGACAGUCAUGUGUUCUAGGUAUUUGGCAAUAUGAGGGCUUGGUGAUUCUGCCUGACUGCUUAGAGCUGCUGUCAAAGCUUUAUUCACGUACUAUCUGAAUUAGGUAAUGUGUCACCCUCCUGCUGCUGUAAUUUAGAUCUUCGCAUAGGAGUACCUCUGCCAACAGGACACUUUCUUCAGUGUUAGGACAGAGGCUGCCUUCUGCAAUGAACUUUAUACUACAAACAAGAGCUAUUAGUUCACUUGCAACGUCCUCAGCACCUCUGAUGGUCACCUUGUUCUGUAGCUUACAGAUUCCCAUUCUGGGAAUGUUGGUUGUUGUUUUUUUUUUUCUUUUUUUUUUUUUUUUCUUAGUUGUUGUCUUGUUGUUGUGGUUGUUUUUGGCCGCUAAUGUCCUGAAUCAGUUGAGACACUCACCUGGCAUUCAAGCUGCCGAUAAAUGUAUGUGUUUGCUGACAUGCACAGAGCUGGGCCAAGGUCAGCGUCCCCGGGCUCAGCCUUGUGGACUCAGACGCGUUUGCACCUGCUAUCCAGGACAGCUCGGUUCCCGGCGUAGUGCAAGUUCCACCCGCCCCUUUUUCCGUGGCCACGAUGUUUACCAUCACUCUUGAAAACGCUUUCCCUCUGUUCACAACGGGCCGACCAAUUGACCAACAGGUUAAAAAUUAAGGGUAGGGAGGAAGGAGAAGCACACACCCGCGCCCACACACAAAGGCUGCGAACGCUCCGCCGCUGUGCUCGGAUGGGUCGUUUCACAGGCAGGCAGCAGCGGGCACCCAGCAGCGGGACAACGCGGCCGCCCGUCACCCCGAGCUCUCCCCAGACACACAGCCCAGCGCCUCCGCCCAGCAACACCACGCGGCCCGCCCUGCUCCGCGCUAGGGAAGCCCCCGACGGGACGUCAGCGCGGCCGUCCCGAGGAGAGCCUGCUCAAAACCACGGCGGGGCCGGCGCUCUGCUCAUAGCUGGUGGUCGCCGAGCCCGGUAUCGCCCGCGUCUCGUCGCGGCUCUGCUCCACGCCUCCGUGCCUGUGGCCAGCGGGCCGAGAGACCGCGCCGCGACGGGUCUUGCCAUCAGGCAGGCUGACGGGCACCUCAGCGCCGUGCCGUGGGGCCCUGGAGCCGGGGAGGGGGGGAGGGAAGCGGCUCUCCGUGGGGACGCCUGGCUCGGCGGCUGUGGCGAGAUGAGCGGCAAGGAAGGAUCAGGUGGCUUCAGAAAACGAAAGCACGAUAAUUUUCCACAUGGUCAAAGAAGAGAGGAAAAAGAGAAUGUUAAUCCUUCUUCUCCUUUGAUGACAUCUUUUAAAUCAUUUCAGCUGGAACUUGACACCAGGCAUGAUAAGUAUGAACGGCUUGUGAAGCUCAGUCGUGAUAUAACAAUUGAAAGCAAAAGAACGAUAUUUCUACUCCACAGAUAUAUCAGUGCUCCCAAUGGUGAAGAAGUACUAAAUGAAUCUGAAAUCAAGUUAGAUGCUGUCAGACGGAAGAUUAAGCAGGUUGCACAAGAGCUGAUAGGUGAAGACAUGUAUCAAUUUCACAGAGCUAUAUCUCCAGGACUUGUAGAUUUUGAUGCAGCUGUUUCAUUUCAGUAUUUUAUCAAAACCCGAUCUUUAAUUAGUGUUGAAGAGAUCAACAAGCAACUAAUAUUUACAGCAGAAGACAGAGAAGAAACAACGAACGUGACCUCCAGUUCGCAGGAUAAACAACCACACACUUGGAGCCUGAAGGUGACACCUGUAGAUUACCUGCUGGGAGUGGCUGAUCUAACUGGAGAGCUGAUGCGACUGUGCAUCAGCAGUGUUGGAAAUGGUGACAUCGACACACCUUUUGAACUGAGCCAGUUCUUACGUCAGAUUUAUGAUGGUUUUACUUUCAUUGGCAACACAGGACCUUAUGAAGUAUCUAAGAAACUGUACACUUUGAAACAGAGUCUGGCAAAAGUAGAGAAUGCCUGCUACACGUUAAAAGUACGGGGCUCUGAAAUUCCAAAGCACAUGUUGGCUGAUGUGUUCUCCACCAAAACAGAAUUGAUUGACCAAGAGGAAGGUCUUUCUUAAAGUAAGAAGACUGUCACAGACCAGAAGGGGAAAGGACUUGCACAGAGAAAUCUUGUUAGUUAUGAUUUUUAGGGUUUUGACCCUCUCAAAGCUUUUUAGGUAGAGACAUUUUUAGUUUUAUCUACGAGAAGAUUGUUUGCAAUAGUAAUUUGUACCCAAAAAUACUUUUUAUGGUGUGCAAGAGAACAAAUGUUUGACUUUGUCCUCUCGACAUGGAAUUUCCUGUAUUGCUCCAUUGUAUCCUCUUUCAGAAUGACCAAAUGUUCCACUGCAUUUUGCACCAGAGACUGUCAGUAAUGCCAGUCACCUCAAACAGGUGUGGUUGCUCUUAUCACUAAUUAGCAGUGGAAAAAAUGGUUAAGUACUGGUUGUUCAGCAUUAUCUGUAGGUUUUUGCUGAGCUUUGUUUUCUGGCUGUUUGGGUUCUAUGUUCACAUUGUUUCUAAAAUAAUGCACCUAUAUGUGUGAAAGUUCAACCUUUGACUUGAAGCUGAGGUGGUCUUGAAAAGGUGCCAUAUUAAUGCUUUUAAGCAUGAAACUGAAGCUAAGUCAACUUUUCUCCAGUUGGUAAUGAGGCUAAUUGCACCAAGCAUGUAUUACUGUGUACUCAUCAUUCUGGGACUCUGUUAAAAUUGAGCUCUAUUUAAGUUACACAGAUUCUUUAGAUAUUUUGAUACAAGUUAGAAAAUCAUUUAAAAAUGUGGAACUUAAUGGUUUACAUUUUGGUAACACAUUUUAAUGCAGAAUCUGCCACUUUUGUAGACAAAAGCGGAAGAAAGACCUGCCAAGUAUGCUUAACACACAUAAAUUGGUUAAGGCAAGAGCUCCUUGAAUGAAACCAAUGAGGCUUUGUGCUGGAAGUCUGUUCUCUGUUGUUUGUGCUGCCCUGAGGACCUCCAGUGGGGCUGAGCUGGUGUAAGUAUAGAAAGGGCCAGCCAAGCUUUAAAUAUCUGUUAGCAGGAACUAUAUCAUGUGCAUGUUCCUAUGGAAAGGAAAUUGCAAACAGAAAUAAGGCAGACAUUCUGACUUCCAGGUUUAUCUUUGAGGUGGGUAUGUCACCGCUGGCAAAAAAUCAGGGCUUUCUGCCGGUGUCUGAAGUUAUGGAAGUCUGAUAAUGUACGUUAUGCUAAAGGAAAACAGAUAAAACAACAUGAUCUUUAGACACCAGGAAAUAGGCCUCCCAACUGCAAUUGAAAAUACUGCAUGUUUUUUAUUUUCACUUCCAUAUGCUGUGAUAGUGCCAAUAUUUUUCCCGUGAGCAUGUCCUGAGUAGCAGGGAUCAUCUGAUACAUGGACAGGAAUGGGUAAAUACAUUUCUGUCACAUUUUUCCAUUGUUUCCACAGAAAGCAAUAUGUGGUGGGUGCUUUAUUUUCUCCCUAUUAUUAGUUUUUUUUAAAAAAAUUUUUAAACAAUAAAUUCUGAAAGCAGUCACUGCCUGGA